GAGCUGCACGCUGCAUUUUACUGAACACAAAUGGACUCGUGGUCACUGUACCUGGUUCUGUUGCUUUGCCACACAAGUUCUGAGCUGGAAGUAACCGGUCCAGCUGCUCCCCACACUGUGUUGGUUGGAUCCCGUGUCGUUCUCCCCUGUAGGUUCUCUGUGGAUAACCCUCCUGUGAACCCCAUCUUUCUGGCUGUAUUUUGGAAAUUUGGAGACAAAGAACUGUUGAAAUAUGAUAAAGGGAUAUUGAACUAUAAUAAAGGAAUAACUGCCAGUCCGAGGAUGACAAUAGAUGGUCAGGCAGCCAUGAGUGGAGAUGUUUCUUUGACCAUAGACAAUGUGACCAUCUCUGAUAAAGGCAUCUACACAUGUUCAGUGAUUUACAGCCCAGACAGACAAGAGAAAGAUAUUGAGUUACAUGUUUAUGCUUCUCCAAAGGUCAACAUAAUUAAAAAAACCUUCCUAAAGAAUGAGGAAAAUCGCCUCCACUGUUCUAUCACAGACUUCUACCCAAGUAAUAUUAAAGUGUUCUGGUUCAAGAAUGGGCAGAUUCUGAUUACGUCCAACAUGGGCAAACCUCAGAGGAACUCAGAUGGCACCUAUAGUGUAAACAGCUCCGUGACCAUAACCCCAACUGAGAUCCAGGAAAACAUGCUCAUCGAGUGCCAGGUGGAGCACGAAUCACUGCUAAACUCUAUAAAGGAUAGUUAUACUGUGGUAUACGGAGCGGUGCCCAGCGUACAGAUCUUCUCUUCAAGAAGAGGUGAAGACCAGGAACAGGUCUUCUUCUGCGAUGUUCAAGGCUUUUACCCCGAGACAAUGACAGUAAACUGGCUGCUGAACAGAAGAAAGACUGAGAUCCCCAGUAAAAAUGCAGAUGGCAGUUUUAAUAAGGAAAGUUACUACCGUGUCCAGUCUUCACCCGAUAACAAAGUAACAAAUAUCUCCUGUGAGGUCCAACAUGAAACAUUGAUGGAUCCUGUGAUAAAGACAUUAAUACUGCCACAGGAGGAUGACGAUGAGGUGGGGACCAGCACUUCCAGUCUCAUGGCAGCCAUCUUGGGAUCCUUUCUUGUAACAGUAGCUGUGUCUCUCGCUGUAUUUUAUAAGAAGAUAUACAAGGAAAGAUACUUCCAGCAGUUUCUAGUGAGCCCAAUAUACAGGCCUGAGAUGUGGGGCGAGGAUAGAAAGGUCACCCUGUAUUGUACGGCUUCCAACUGCCCAAAGGAGGUCCAGGUGACAUGGACUGUGACCGAGGCCGAUGGACAGAGCGUCAUGAUGUCAGAUAGCAUGACUGAGAAGGAGACGUUACUGAGUGAUUAUACUGUAAGAACUGACCAAUCACAGGCUGACGGGAUGCACAAUGUUAUCACUGUGCUAAACAUCACACCCAGUGCAUCAAAACACAGCAAAACGACAUUUGUCUGUAAGUUUAUCUGUGACGGGAAAACCAAGGAGAGAAAAAUCAAAUGGAAAUUUCAACUACUAAAACCCCAGAUAUCGGAUGAUACCCCUAUUAAACUAUCGCUGUGUGACUCGGGUGAUGUGCUCUGCUCGGCCAGUCUGCAGAACUUCAGUCCUAAGGAUAUUCAGAUUACAUGGAGCUGUGGAGUUGGACAUUAUCAGGAUCUGGAGACCUUUAAGGAAACAGUUAUAGUAAAUUCCCAGCAGAUGUUUAAUGCUGACAGUGAAUGCAGAAUUCCUGGUGACCUAUUCAAAGAGCCAGGAUUUAAAGUGCGUGUCCACUGGAGACAUGAAUUAUGGGAUGGACCUGGAUGGAGGGAAGUGUCUGCAGCAGACUUCCCUUGGCGCCCUCAGAUAGGAGAUAUAAUAAUACCGGAUUGGUUACACAGCGCUGAGGCCAAGCUGCAAUGUACAAUCUCUGGCUAUUUCCCUGAUAAUCUGGAUGUGAAAUGGUUCAGGAGGGAACCUGGAAAGCAGGAACUGUACCUUGUGUCUCCCAGUGAGAAAUACAAGCUCCCAGUGAUGGAUGUAACCAGACAGGAGGAUCGGACUUAUACCUGUACAGCCAGCCUGAUUGUCACUGUGUCCGGGAGAACUGAUCAGGGAGCAGAAUUCGUCUACCAGGUGGGACAUCCCAGUGUGGAGAGACCCUUGGAGAGAAGAACAGGGGAACUAAGUGUGAUAGGAAUUCCAGUAAUAGGGAACUUUGUACAAAUGGAGCAAUAUAUCAUACUGGAAGUUGAUGGCUUUUACCCAAAGGAUAUUACGAUAACCUGGAGCCGGGCUGAUUAUACCAGAGAGGAUUAUAGGAGAAUCCCUGACUCCUCCAUUCAGAAUACAUCACAUCAGAAUAAAGAUUGCACCUACAGACUAACCAGCACGUGUGAAGGUCUGACACUGACAGAUCGUUUAAAUCUGAAUGCCAUAUAUUUGAAGGCGGUGGUGGAACACGAUAGCCUACAGUCUCCGGUAGAGCACAACUUCCAGCGUUUAGAUGGGAAAUACAAGAGAGAUAAGAACAACUUAGAACAUGUAUGUGAGAAAAAUCACAAGACAAAGGUUUUGUCUACAACUACACGAUCAGAGAGAUAA